GCUUUAAAAAGCUCAUUUUUAGGAAACACUUGGAUUGGUUUGGUUACAAAACAGCUAAAAUGCAAAGAAAAGCCGGUGGCGGAGUUUUCAGUUAUUUUAAGACGGAGGCAGGACGAAAGCUUGUCUUUUUUGCAGCUGGCACAACGACGAUUGGUCUGUGUGUGGCCAACUUUGUGCCACACACCUUUGGACUUAAAUACUACCGCCAAUUUGUGCAGUGCUAUCAAAAUGGCAUUGAACGCGAAGUACCACCAGCAGUGGAGCAACGGGUGCACAAAGCUAUGGAGCAACUGAAUGUAGAUCCGCGGGAAGCGAAGUUCAUUAAAACGUUCACGGUCUUUGGCUUUGACCUUUUCCAAGCGGGUACUACCAAGUUCCGCUUUGGCGGUGCAUUAGGGAUUCCCGUGAACUACGCUUACAAUAGCAUUGGUGAGAUUAAGCGAGCCGACAUUCGAUUCCGCGAUCAACAAAUCAAGUGGGGCUCCGACAACGGCAAACUGCUUGAAGAGGCAAUUGUUUUGACCGAGGAUGAGCAGGUGUUUGGUCUGAGCAAAGCGAUACUCCAGCUGCAGACGCAUCGCGUGCUGAUGAACUCGGUAUUCCCCAGCGUGAGCUUCCUCAUGGUGUACACGUUAGGACGCUAUCUCAAUAUGCAUCUUAAUCUCUUUGCAAAACAUGGCAGCGUGCGUUGCGUUAUGUACGGCAUUUUGGGUUUGUUUGGCAUUGGCAGCUGGUCAUUCAUGAAGGACUUUAAUCAAGUGACUACCGACGCGGACAUCGAUAAAAAACUGGCCGCACUGGGGCCACAAUUUGUAGCCGCUGGCAUCAGUUAUUACGACAAGCAGCUGAAGAAGAACAUUGCGUUGAGACAUCUGAUUGGCGAUGAUACCUACACAGCCCUGGGCAAUGAAAACUUUUUGCUGCGCCAGAAGACAAUGCCGCUGACAGCUCGCAAAUCCUUCUUCGAGCAGAAAUGGAAGGAACUGCAAAAUGCGCAAGUCCAAUAAACGUUUCUUAGUUUGUCUGUUGGUUAAUUUAUUCUUAAGCCUACAGGUGUUAAAUAAUAAAUAAUGAAUGUCCAAGUACAAGUAAAUAA